CGAAUUGAGUAAGAGAGAAUACACACAUUCUUCGGUAGAAUGAUCGAGAAAUUUUUAGUUUAACCUAUAAAUUGAUAGUCGGGAAAUCAUUCCAUAUUUAUCUUCUUCUGAUCUUCAAUUGUUGAUUCCGCGGUAUCUCCAGAUCGGUCAGUUUGCUUUAGAGUCUACACAAUGAACGGAAGAGAUCCUUUCUUUGGUUUUGGCGACCCGUUUGCCAAUUUUGGUGGUUUUGGUGACCCUUUUGCCAAUUUUGGCGGUCCUGGUGGGCCACGAGAUUUAAUGUCUAGCGUGUUUGGAGGAAGAGAUCCCUUUGCUGAUCCAUUUUUCACCCGUCCAUUUGGAGGUAUGUUCGAGUCGGGCUUCUUUGGCUCUGCUGGAAAUCCAUUUGUUGGUGCACAACCAUCUGGCUUCCUUGGAAACCAGCCACCUCCUCCACCCCCUAGAUCCAGGGGUCCAGUUAUUGAGGAGUUGAACUCUGAUGAGGAAAAAGAUGAAAAAGAAGGUGCAAGUGAGAAGAAAGACAACCCUAGGAAGCAUGGUAGGUCGAGCAAUGAGCCUUUGGUUGAGAUUCCAGAUGACGAGGCUGAAGGGAGAAGAAGGAAACAAAUGCAGUUCUGGAAUGGUGGCAAUAUGAGUAAUAUUGCACCGCCUCAGCACACAGGCCAUAGCUUUAGUUUCCAGAGCUCCACUGUCACUUACAGUGGUGGAAAUGGUGCAUAUUACACUUCUUCUACUACAAGGAGAACCGGGAGUGAUGGUUUGACUUUUGAGGAAAGGAAAGAAGCUGAUUCAGCGACUCGUCAAGCCGCACAUCAGGUCUCUCGGGGAAUUCAUGGAAAGGGCCAUUCUGUCUCUCGGAAAUUGAACUCUGAUGGUAGGGUAGAUACCAUGCAAACUUUGCACAAUCUUGAAGAAGAUGAGCUUACUAGUUUUGAAGAGAAGUGGAAAGGAAGCGCUGCAAGACACUUUCCUGGCUGGAGUGAGGGUCGAAAUACGCUCGACUAUGGAAGUAAGUGUGAUGAUUGCAUUUGUGUUUGAAUUUUCCCGCCCCUUUGACCUUUUGGAGUAGAUGUGUUUAUGUAUCUUCUGCCUCGGAUUUAUGACUCCCCACCUGUCCAGUCCUCCGCCUUUGAACUCUUAUGUUGAAGUAGUUUAGUUCACAAAUGUCUUAAACUGGCCAGUUGUUUGCAAGGUUGAUGUUUUUGUUGGUUAUAUGUUUCAUGGCUAUGAUAUUAUGAAACAUAAUUACAUAUGAAUUUCAUGAUGUCACCUCAAUAUGGAUACUCCCUCUGCUUUUGGUAAUUAUUAGAUAUUCAAUUGUUUGAACCAAAAUAUGAAUGUCUUGGAGACAUGGAACUGCCAUUUGUUCACAAUCUGUUUGUCUCAUAUCACUUGACCGAUCAAGUGAUAAAAAAGCGUGGGUAAUCAUAUGUCAAAUGUCAUGUCCUGGAGCUGGUGAGUUGGUUUUUUCUGUAGGGUGGCUGUGUAGUUGAUUGAAGAUUUUGUCUUUUUGCAUUGGAACAUGUGUAGGCUUCAGUUAAUUUUUUUGCUUGCUUCCAUGAAGUGUGAACUGUCUGUCUGCUUGAUGCUUUAUCCUUCCGUUCUUUAUGAAAAUGUUAUAGGAUCUGGAAACAAUAUCCUAAAUGCACCAAAUCGGGGAAACUUGGCACUACCAUAUGCUGAAAGGCCACGUCAACCAGGGCACGGCGUGAGGCCGGAAAUGGCAAAUGCAGGAGGUCCUUCUCGUCUUCACCAAACUGGAAAGGCAAAGGCUGAAGCUGGUGGUCAGUCUGGUAGUUCUUCAUAUGGUAGAUCAAGGGAUCAAGCCAGGAGAUGCUAAGUUGUCAUUGUUUUCACCGUUACCUUAGAAUAUAUUCGAUGCUCAAAUGUUGUAAGAGAAUAGAGAUGUAGGGCUUAUCGUUAUUUUCUGGCGGAGUGUGGAGGAUUGCCUCUUAAGGAGUAAGGGAACAUGAUCUUUUGUAAGGUGGUUUUUGGAGUAGUGUAAUGUGACAUAUACCUUACCCUAGUAGUCAUUUCCCUUUCUGUUGUGGCUAGUGAACACAAUUUUUUAGUUUCUCCUUAAGGGAAAACUCUACAGCAAACUAUUUUUCCAAAAGGCAAUUCACUAACAGAUGGAAAAUCUUCCUUGCAGGAG